AGCGUCUUCGCUGUUCCCUUACGGACGGCGGUGGGCCGGUGGGGGGCGGGGGCCCGGUGCCCCACAGAUGGCUGCUCAGCAAGAGCUGCACAACCCCGCUCUGCGGGUCCUGGAAGAAGCGUUGGGCGUGGGUUUGGGGGACGCCGGGGACGCGGCGGACGGGGUGGCCGCCGAGGGCGCCUACUACCUGGAGCAGGUCACCAUAACUGAAGCAUCUGAAGAUGAUUAUGAAUAUGAAGAGAUACCGGAUGACAAUUUUAGCAUUCCAGAAGGUGAAGAAGAUCUGGCAAAAGCAAUUCAGAUGGUCCAAGAACAGGCUACAGAUACUCAAAUUUUGGAGCAGAAAACAGUUCUUCCUUCAAGACAUGCAAUACCUGAAGCAGUAGAAGACUUUCUCUGCAAUUUCCUGAUCAAAAUGGGAAUGACCAGAACUCUUGAUUGCUUUCAGUCUGAAUGGUAUGAGUUAAUACAGAAAGGAGUAACUGAACUUAGAGCUGCUGGGAAUGUUCCAGAUGUCUACACUCAGAUUAUGUUUUUAGAAAAUGAGAACAAAAAAUUAAAGAAGGACUUGAAGCACUACAAACAGGCAGCUGACAAGGCUAGAGAAGAUCUGCUGAAAACUCAGAAAGAACGUGAUUUUCAUCGAAUGCAUCACAAGCGGAUAGUCCAGGAAAAAAACAAAUUAAUUAAUGACCUCAAAGGAUUGAAGUUACAUUACGCAUCUUAUGAACCAACUAUCAGGGUGUUACAUGAGAAGCACCACACUUUACUAAAGGAGAAAAUGCUGACCUCCUUGGAAAGAGACAGAGCACUUGGGCAGAUUUCUGAACUUCAAGGAACAUUGAAGAACAUGAAAAUAGGACAUAGUUACCGUGUUCCUGAAGUUAAAGUUGCUCACAAUUGUGAAAAAGGAAAUACAUUGGAAGGUCCUACUCAGAAAGGUCUUCGUGAAGCCAGGGAACAAAACAAACGUAAAACAAAAAUGAAAGACAAUACAAAGGCCUCCUGUAACAGAGAUCAAGAGGGAGUUUCUGAGCCCAGAGCAAGAUCAGCCCUCUGUCAAAGUCCACGCCUCCAUCAGAAGCAGUGGAGAGGGUACUCUCCAACUUGGAAUAAGACCACAUCUCUGCAGGACACCAUUGGCAAGAGACAACAGUGUGCACAUGCAUUCCAAAUAAGACCGUCCAUCUACAGGAUGUCAUGCCUGUGUCAGCAGGAGCCAAAUGGGAGAUUCUGAUCACCACAUGUUCCUGGCCUGUCAUCCUCUAAUCUUCUCUUUCAUCAACCCAACACUGUUUAUCCAUGUUCUUUUCAGUCUUCAUAAGGAGCCCAAGACUCCCAGUUUAUCAUUUAUUCCAGAACUCUAAUCCUCUCUAAGCUUCCAUAUAUCACUUUUUCUGAUCCAAUCUCUUCUUCCCCUUUCCUCACUCCCAAACCCCUUUCUUUACACUCUCUGGAACUCAAGGUUCAGUGAACAGCAAAAUCCUCUGUAUUUUCAUCUUCUGCUGUGAAUGUUCCCUUCACCUUUAUGCUAAUGGAAAUCUAACUUUCCGUUAGUGAUAGUUUCUCCUGCAGCCAGUGGUGUUCUGGUAAAGGUUUAACAAUCACUUCUU